AUGGCUGCUGGUCCCAAGUGCCUCUACCACAGCCCAGAUGAUGCGCAUUGUGACUGCCCGUUUAUUUACCAGGGUAAAUCCUAUUCCUCUUGCACCCAGGAUCACUCUUCUGAGAUGUGGUGUGCCACAAAAGUUAACCCUUACACGAGACAAAUGAAACUAGGUUCAUGGAAAUCUUGUGAAACUAAAGAGAAUGGAGGUAAUGAUGGUGGACGACCCUGUGUGUUCCCCUUUGUGUACAAGGGCAACACCUACAAUACCUGCAUCAAUAAAAGUUCGUCAAGAUACUGGUGUGCCACAACAGGGAACUAUGACAAAGAUGGGAAAUGGAGCCGCUGUGCUGAUACCAUUGGUCAGCAUUGUGUCUGCCCAUUUAUUUACAACGGUAAAUCCUAUUCCUCUUGCACCAAGGAUGACGCUAAUGCGGUGUGGUGUGCCACAGAAGUUGACCCUGACACGAAAGAAAUGAUCGAAUCUAAAUGGAAAGAGUGUAAGACAAAAGAGAAUGGAGGUAAUGAUGAUGGACGACCCUGUGUGUUCCCCUUUGUGUACAACGGCGAAACCUACAAUACCUGCACCAAUAAAAAUGCAAUGGGAUACUGGUGUGCAACAACAGGGAACUAUGACAAGGACGGGAAACGGAGCAUCUGUGCUCAUACCAGCUGCUGGCUUCUGGAGGCUCGGGCACUCCGUGCGGCGGUGCUGGGCGCCUACCCGGCAGGCUGCCUCCAGUCCUUGUUGUCUAUAAUGAAAGAGAAAAAGAGCAAGAGGAUUUUCUUUCUCUUUGUUCCCCUUUGCUCUUCCCGUACACAUCGCAAGGUAUCUCAACACAACUUUCAUAAAUUGACACAAGGACUGAGUACAAACCCUACAGGGCCAUGUGUGUUUCCUUUCAUCUACAAAGGAAAACCCUAUACCGGUCCAUCUUGUACAGCUGAUGGGGAAUCCACUGAAAGUCUCUGGUGCUCUCUGACCUGCAACUAUGAUGAAGACCCAAAAUGGACAUACUGUGAUCCUUCUGGUAUGGGGAAAACAGAGUACACUGGAAUCAGGAACAGGACGAGCAAGGAUAACCACACGCUUCAGCACAGUGGUGGCAGGUGCUGGCGAAGGGAGCAGCCGGCCUUCCUUAAAUAG